AUGAGAUUUUCACAGGUGUUUACAUCUAAUGUCAGAACUGUUAUUAUUGGACCUCCUGGUUCAGGAAAGGCUACCAUCUCUUUGCGUUUACAGAAAGACUUUGCUUUGAAAUAUAUCUGCUGUGGCGAUAUGCUAAGAAACCAUGUUGCUUUAAAAACAGAUAUUGGGAAGCAGGUAAGCAGGUUUGUCCAGAAUGGUUCACUUGUUUCGGACAGUUUAGUCACUAAAAUGAUGAUUGCUGAGUGUCAAAGUUAUGCAAGCGAUAACUUACUCAUUGAUGGAUUUCCGAGAACUAUGAUACAAGCUGAAGACGUUCAAAAACAACUUCCUGUCAGCUGUGUUCUUUGCUUAGAUGUACCCUUUGAAGAAAUCAUAAAUAGAAUCAGUGGGAGAUACACUCAUGUCCCAAGUGGUAGGACGUACAAUGAUAAUUUUAACCCUCCGAAACGCAAAGGAUUUGAUGAUGUGACUGGAGAACCUCUAAUACGCAGAGAUGAUGAUGACCUGAUAACUGUUCGUAAACGUUUGGAUGUUUAUCAACUUUCUACUUUACCAUUGCUUGAUUAUUACGGAAAACAGAAGAUUUUACAUAUAUUCCAUGGAUGUCGUACAAAUGAAAUUUGGCCUCAAGUGUAUAAGAUUUUCUCUCAAUUUGUUAAACCUAUACAGUUUUUCAAGAAUAAUUAUAAAUUUAUUAAUGCCAUCAUAUACCCUAUAACAUUCAUAUUGUGGUAUGUGCUACUUAUAUUGACAUAAUUAGUAUAUGACGUUAGUCAGGAAAGAAUGUCUGGCAGCAGAGAGAUGAGAGGAUCGAACAGUAAAAAAUGGAAACAGAAUGCAACACGAGAACAAUGAUGUCUGAGCCAUUUUGAGACAACUGAGGGUCAUUUUGCAAAUUGAGCAUUUAAUAUAUGGUUGUUAUAUUUUAUUUGCAAGUUCUGUAAUUUCCUGUCAAAUACACUCGAUUGUCCCCACUCGUGUUCUUGUUCACUGCAAUAUGACUAC